AUUCUUAGAGCUUCUGGUUCAUUUCUGUUGGGGUCACUGAACCUGAAACUAUAAGCAAGAUGAUCGGGUAUCUAUAUCUGAAGAUAUUUUAGUGUUUGAAGCCGAUCAAUGUUUGGAUGUUCUUUUUAUUAAGGAGGUGGCGUAGAGUGGUUUAUUUUAUUUAUUUUUUCGUAGCUAUUUAACAGUAAUUUUCUGCGAGAUAUAUUGUAUGGUUUGGUAGCUCCUAGCAUAUACAGGGCCAUGAAAACGCGCGCGCGAAUUUGCUGAUAUACUGAUUAAUGUAAAAGUCUUGUCAUAAGAUACUUCUAAGCAUCAAGUUUUAUUUAUGGGAUCUUCUUGAAAUGUAUUGACUGCAAAUGGUGUUUAAUCAUGAGAUCGUUGGAGACUGGAGGCAACAGAAUGUUGGAAUUAGACAUAGAUAUUGGCUUAGCAAAGUCAGAGGUUUGCUGGGAUUCAUUUGACUCGCACUGAUUAAUAUACACGGCUGAAAUAGAGUGCAUGUAUUCAUAUUUGGGUUAUUGAAAUCACUAGAUAUUUCCUGAAUGGGAGGAGUUUGUUCUAGGAAGCAAGAGCAGGACGUUGAAGAUAGUCCUCAAGAAGGGCUUUCACGGAAAAAAUAUUGCAAAAGUGGGAGUUUGAAAUGGCUCACAUCGUCAUUUUCUAAUCCUAGGAUGAAUUUCCACUUACAAAAUGGAGAAUGUCCAUCACUGUUGGACUUGUGCAUCCACAGAAUAAGUCAGGAUAUUGAUAGAUAUAGCUCGAUGUCUAUGCUCCCACGGGAUAUAAGUCAGCAAGUUUUUAUAGAAUUGGUGCGUUGCCAUCGUCUAACUGCUGCUUCCCUUGAAGUCUUUCGAGAUUGUGCUCUCCAGGAUCUUUACUUGGGAGAAUAUGAUGGGGUGAAUGAUAGUUGGAUGGAUGUCAUUUCAUCACAAGGGUCGUCUCUACUUUCUGUGGAUCUUUCUGGUUCAGAUGUCACUGAUUAUGGGCUGACUUAUCUAAAAGAUUGCAAAAAUCUCCUAGCCCUGAAUCUUAAUCAUUGUGACCACAUUUCAGACUAUGGUCUUAAAUACAUCAGUGGUCUGACAAACUUAACUAGUCUGAGUUUUAGAAGAAACAAUUGGAUUUCUGCUCAAGGAAUGCGUAGCUUUUCUGGUCUUGUUAACUUGGUCAAGUUGGAUUUGGAGAGAUGUCCUGAGGUUCAUGGAGGCCUUGUUCAUCUCCAAGGCUUAAUCAAGUUGGAAUCUCUCAAUUUGAAGUGGUGUAAUUGCAUAACCGAUGCUGACAUGAAGCCUCUCUCAGAGCUUGCAAAUUUGAAAAGUCUUGAGCUUUCGUGCAGUAGAGUUACUGAUCUUGGCAUCAGUUUUCUAGAAGGAUUACAGAAGCUUUCAAUGUUAAAUUUGGAAGGAUGCCUGGUAACAUCUGCAUGUUUGGGUUCUCUCGCAGAGCUUCCUGCACUGUCAAUCUUGAAUCUUAAUAGAUGUAACCUUUCAGACAAUGGAUGUGAAAAGCUUUCACAACUGAGAAACUUGAAGGUGUUAAACUUGGGAUUCACUGAUAUCACCGAUGCAUGCUUAGCACACGUGCAAGGAUUGACAAAGUUGGAGAGCUUGAUCCUAGAUUCAUGUAAAGUUGGUGAUCAUGGAUUGGCCAACUUGGCAGGCCUUCAGAAAUUGAAAUGUUUGGAAUUGUCUGAUACGGAAGUUGGAAGCAAUGGGUUGCGUCACAUAUCAGGAUUGUCUAGCCUGGAGAAAAUAAACCUGUCAUUCACUGAGGUUAAUGAUAUUGGCUUAAGGAAAUUGCGUGGCCUCUCAUGUCUAAAGUCUCUAAAUUUGGAUGCUCGCCAUAUUACUGAUGCUGGAUUGGCAGCUCUUACAAAUUUGACUGGCCUUACUGAUCUUGAUUUGUUUGGAGCAAGAAUAACAGAUUCUGGAACUAACCAUUUGAAAAACUUCAAGAACCUAAGGUCCCUGGAAAUAUGCAGUGGAGGCUUGACUGAUGCUGGUGUGAAGAACAUCAAAGAACUUACAUCUCUGAUGUUCUUAAAUUUAUCACAAAACGGCAACCUUACAAACAAAAGCCUGGAGUUGAUUUCUGGCCUGACUGGGUUGAUAUCUUUGAACGUUUCAAAUUCUCGCAUCACCAGUGCUGGGUUGCGGCAUUUGAAAACGCUCAAGAACUUGAGAUCUCUGACCCUGGAAUCAUGUAAAGUGACUGCAAAUGACAUCAAGAAACUUCAAUCCACAGAUCUACCAAAUCUGGUCAGCUUUCGGCCUGAGUAGGCAGAGAACCACCCCUCCCCCCCUCUUCCCUCCCCCCGGGGCUCUGUGAUAUGUUUGUAUAUAUGUAUAUACGGUAAUGAUUGGAAGGUGGUACUGGAAGAAGAGCUUAAAUUGUACAGAGAUUAAUGGAUGGCGUCUUCUCGUGGUCUCAGGCUUUUCUUUCAUAUUAUCAUGAUGUGUUACAUAGCUCGUGGCAAUUGGCAAGUAAUCUCUGUAAUAAGAUGACGGGUGAUUUCUGUCAUUACCCGAUCUACUGCGCAGACAGCAAUAAAGAGUUGGAUUUUAAAUUUUUUUAUU